AAUAACACUUACUCCAUAAGCAAUUGAACAUAAAUUCAACGGUCCAUAUUCUUUCCUAGCUCUCCGGCUCUUAGUUUAUAUCUUCCCACAUUUCCCCACUCUCACUUCUUCCUUUCCUUCUUCUCUCUAAUUAAAAACCUCUCUUUUCAGCCAUGACCAAUCUCUAGCAAAGCUGCAAAACAAAACCCUACCAAGAAACAAGAGAGGAAAUCGAGAACAGGGAAGCAUAAUAAAAAAGAAAAACAAGAAAAAAUGUUGCUAGGAAAGAGGCCAAGGCCACCAAUAAAGAGAACAACAAGCAUGAAAGAAUUCACCUUGGAUCUUAACAUAAACGAUCCUUCUGUAGCCGUUGUAAAUUAUCAACCCUUUGAUCCUCUCAACCCCUACAACUUCACUGGUUCCGUCCCACCAGCUUCCAACGGCCAAGAUCAACGCUUAAUCUUGACUCGCAGAAGAUCAGCUGAUUUUGUUGAAACUGCCCAUUUCCUUAGAGCUUGCUCCCUCUGCAAACGCCAGUUAAUCCCUGGUCGUGACAUCUACAUGUACAGAGGAGAUAGUGCUUUUUGCAGCCUAGACUGUAGAGAAAAGCAGAUGAAACAAGAUGAAAAGAGAGAGAAGUAUCCGAAGGUUGCAACUAGGAAAAAAGUUACUAACUCAGCCGCCAUGGCCGCCGUGGCAAGCGGAACAGGAUCCGACGCUCCACCUCAGGCCAGACCGUAAGCCGGUCGCCGUAUAGAUUAUUACCUACAUAUAAUCACGUUGUUGAAAUUAGAUAAUGAACAAAUAUUCCAGCUGAUGUUCAAGUACCCACUCUUAUACAUGCUAUCAAAGAUGUGGGAUUAAGAUGAUGCCGAUGAAUUGUAUAAAUAUUUCUCUUUACUAAACUCUAUGAGCUGGUGGAUACUGGGGCAAGUUUUUGAAAGUUUUCAUUUUAAAGGUGGAUCCAGUAUAAAUUUGUAUGCAACUUUGAACUUCCAUUUCCAAGUCAUUUUCUUUUGUUUUGUUUGUGCUGUAAUCAUGGGUUAAUGGAUCGAAAAAAAUGGAGUAGCAGUUUUUACUGCUCCAAGUUUUUAUCUUUUAAGUUUUGGAGUCUUUGGUUUUUUUCCCAUCCUUAUUUGCAUUUGGUAGUCCCUAUGUUCCCGUUUAUGUGAACCUAUUUCUUUUUUGGUCCGUUCCUAAAAGAAUGACACAUUUGUAAAUUUGUAUGCAACUUUGAACUUCCAUUUCCAAGUCAUUUUCUUUUGUUUUGUUUGUGCUGUAAUCAUGGGUUAAUGGAUCGAAAAAAAUGGAGUAGCAGUUUUUACUGCUCCAAGUUUUUAUCUUUUAA